CACAUGUAAUAAUCAGAUUAAGUUGAAGUUGAAUAUAGAAUUGAAAUGCUAACAAGUGAAUUGGAGAGAUCCUCUUAGACAUUAUAAUAGAAAAGCAUAGAAUGUGAAGAAUGGAGACUCAAAAGUUUAGGAUUAGAAUAAAAAAUAAAAGAGCUUUAAGCUCACAUUGGAUCUUAAAAACAACAAUUUGAAGAUUUAACUGAAAAUUUGAAAUAAAAAGCAAUUGAAGUAGAAGAUUUAAGAAGUAAAUACAAUAGAGUUUAAUUUAUUACUAUUAAAGGAUAUGAAGAAAAAAUGGAAUAAUUGGUAGGGGAAAUAGAAAAAUUGAAUUAACUUUUAAUGUAAAAAGCAUAGGAUUGUGAAAGUAGUAGAUAAUAAGUAAUGACUAAGAUUUAAGAAUUAUAAGAGGAAAGAUAAAAAUGCUUUCAUUUGGAUAGUUUUAUGAAAUAGAUAAAAUCUGAAAAGUUGGAAGCACUUCACUUUUUAAAUGAAAAGAAUAAAGAAUUAGAAGAAUUGAAAGAACGUUUUAGAGAAGCAGAUCAAUAUCGAUAAAAAAGUGAAAUCUUAGAAAAUGAUAUUGAAACAAUUAGAGUUAAUUACAUGAAUAUAUUUAAUUAAAAAUUAGAAGAGAUUGAUGCUUUAUAGGCUCAAAUAGAUACAUAACGAUUAAUUAAUGAAAAUACAAUUAGAAUUGCUGAAGAAAAAUAUGCUUAACAAAUUUAAGUGGAAAGAUUAAAUUUAUAGAGAUAAAUAAAAGAAUCUGUAGCUACAUCAAUUGUAUAGAUGGAGAAUUAAGUGGCUACUCUUAAUAAUCUAUUAGAAGCUAAAUAAAAUGAAAUAGAUAAAUUGAAAUUAUAAAGACAUAAUAUAGAAACAGAGAAAAUGAAUUCAAUGCUUAUUGAUAAGAAUAUUAAGUUGUAAGAUUAAUAGAUUAAAUUACAAUAAUUAGAGAGAUAACUCUACGAGAAGGCAAAUACAUUGGAUUAAUUAACAUAAUAAAUAUAAAAUGGUUAAUUGAUUCCAGCAACUUCUUAGAGUUUAUUAGAGAGAUCAUAUAAAUAAUUAUAAGAUGAUAUACAUAAAUAAAACUUAGAAAUGACUAUGUUAUAAUAAAGAUGUUUGGAAUUAUAAGAGGAUGUUUAAAAAAAGGCAAAUAUGAAAGCUAGUUAUGAAAGCUAGAUUAAUACUUUAUUAAUAGAAAUAGCUAAUUUGAAGAGAGAUGUAUAUAAUAAAUCAAGAAUUAAUUCUUAACAUAGUGAUAAUUAGAGAUUGAUUUAAAUUGAAAAUGAGAAAAGAGCAAUUAAAUAAAAAUAUGAACAAGAUUUAAAAAUAGCUGAGGAUAAAAUUAGAUAUUUGUUAAGUAUUGUUGAUUAAAGAGUCUUAGAGUAAUAAUUGUAAUACAGAGGAAAUUAAAAUCCAAAUCCUGUAUUAUAGUAAAUAAUAGAAGAAAGUUCAAGUAGAAUUGCUUAGAGUAACAUUUACUAUCAUGAAGAUUCAGAUGUCUUAAAUGAUGAAGUUCGUUGA